AGCUCUCCUUGAAUCAUGGUGGUAUAUCGAGUCCGGGUGGCCACAGGACCCUACUUCCUGGCGGGGACCCUGGAUUCCAUCUCUGUCACCCUGGUUGGCACCAAUGCUGAGAGCCCUAAGCAGCUGUUGGACCAUAUUGGCAGGGACUUCACCCCAGGGGCUGUUCAUAAAUACAAGGUAAACAGCUCCUGUGAGCUAGGGGAACUCCUUCUGGUUCGGCUGCACAAAGAGCGAUAUUCCUUCUUCCCCAAAGACUCUUGGUAUUGCAGCUACAUCACUGUCACUGACCCCAGUGGAGUGGUCACCUGCUUUCCCUGCUACCAGUGGAUUGAGGGUUACUGCACAGUGGAGCUUCGUCCAGGCACAGGAAAAAUCAUCUGCCAUGACUCCCUCCCUUUGCUCUUGGAUCAUCGGAAAAAGGAGCUCAGAGACAGACAAGAAUGUUAUCGUUGGAAAAUCUAUGCUCCUGGCUUUCCCAGAAUAGUGGAUGUCAACAGCUUUGAGGAGAUGGAAUCAGACAGGAAAUUUGCUUUGACAAAGAUGACACCCUCUGCAGACCAGGGUUCCAGAAGUGGGAAUCGUUACCUGCCAGGCUUCUCCUCGAAGAUAGACAUCCCAUCCCUGUUACACAUGGAUCCAAAUAUUCGAUACUCAUUCACCAAGACGGCAUCUCUACUCUACAAUGCUAUACCUGCGUCCUUGGGCAUGAAGCUCCGUGGUCUCUUAGACCGUAAGGGCUCUUGGAAGAAGCUGGAUGACAUUAGAAAGAUCUUUUGGUGCCACAAGACCCCUACUUCAGAGUAUGUGACGGAGCAUUGGAAAGAGGACCAUUUCUUUGGCUACCAGUACCUGAAUGGCGUGAAUCCUGUCAUGAUUCAUCGACUCUCCAGCCUGCCCAGCAACUUCCCCAUCACUGACCCCAUGGUGGCUCCCUCCCUAGGUCCCAGCACCUGUCUGCAGGCUGAGCUGGAGAAGGGAUCAAUUUUCCUGGCUGAUUACUGGAUCCUUGGGGAUACUCCUGUGGGCCAACUGAAUGGCAGGCCCCAAUAUGUGGCUGCCCCACUCUGCCUGCUUUGGCUUAACCCUCAGGGUGUUCUUUUGCCCUUGGCCAUCCAGCUCAGCCAGACCCCUGGUCCAGACAGCCCCAUAUUCCUGCCCAGCGACUCAGAAUGGGAUUGGCUCUUGGCUAAGACCUGGGUGCGAAACUCAGAGUUCCUCAUCCAUGAAAACAAUACUCAUUUCCUCUGCACCCAUCUCCUCUGCGAGGCUUUUGCCAUGGCUACCCUGCGCCAGCUUCCCCUCUGCCACCCGAUCUACAAGCUCCUGCUGCCUCAUACGAGAUACACACUCCAAGUGAACACCAUUGCCAGGGCCACCCUGCUGAAUCCUGAGGGUCUGGUGGACAAGGUCACAUCCAUUGGGAGGCCAGGCCUCCUCUACCUGAUGAGUGCAGGCCUAGCACAUCUCACCUACACCAUGUUCUGCCUCCCAGACAACCUGAAGGCCCGGGGGGUCCAGUGCAUCCCCAACUACUACUACCGAGAUGAUGGCAUGAAGAUAUGGGAAGCCAUUGAGAACUUCGUCAAUGAAAUUGUGAAUUGCUACUACCCCAGCGACAUCUUUGUGCAAGGGGAUUCAGAGCUCCAGGCCUGGGUGGGCGAAAUUUUUACUCAGGCAUUCCUGGGCAGGAAAAGUUCAGGUUUCCCAAGCUGCCUAAGUACCACUGAAGAACUGGUGAAAUUCCUCACUGCCAUUAUCUUCAACUGCUCUGCUCAGCAUGCCGCUGUCAACAGUGGGCAGCAUGACUUUGGAGCCUGGAUGCCCAAUGCUCCAUCAUCUAUGAGGAACCCUCCACCCCAAACCAAGGGUACAACCACCCUUAAGACUUACCUGGACACCAUCCCUGAGGUGAACAUCACUUGUAAUAAUCUCCUUCUCUUCUGGCUGGUCAGCCAAGAACCCAAGGAUCAGAGGCCCCUGGGCACGUAUCCAGAUGAACAUUUCACAGAAGAAGUCCCCAGGCAAAGCAUUGCUGCCUUCCAAAAUCACCUGGCCCAGAUCUCGAAGGAUAUCCAGAAUCGGAACAAGACCCUGGCCCUACCUUAUACUUACCUAGAUCCUCCCCUCAUUGAGAACAGUGUUUCCAUAUAGUAUACCCCAUCUUUCUGUGCCUCUAGUAGCAAGCAGGAUCCCUGAAUGAUGUUCUCCAUCCUCCUGUAGCCCUUGAGAGAGAAAGAUACUAACGGGUAUAGCAAGAGCCAUCUCCCAACACCAGGUCUAGCAGAUCUCUAAAGGUCAUUUGAUCUAUCCGAUUUCCUCUCUGCCAUUCAAUACUAGGCCUCUUCUCAUCACACACACACACACACACACACACACAGAUCGGUAUUUUAUCCUACUCAUGAAGCCUCCUCGUCACUCCAAUGAGGUAAAUAGGAACAAUGGAGUCUUCCCCUCUCCUGGCCCUGAAAUGUUCCCUCUCUCAACUUAGUUCUCCGUGCCUCUUCCCUCACUAUAUCUCCUUUUCCUGCAAUAUUCUUCCUCUAUAGCCCUCCACUCAAGGCUCUGGCCUCCUCAGGUGAGGCUCAGAUCAGUACUUGACAAUGCCUAGCAAAACUACCACUAAAAGAUAGAAAAGGAUUGCCUUUCUAUGGAAUUUUGUCAGGUGGUCGGCUUUGACCCUUGUAUCUUUAGAGGAGAUCAGGGACUAGAUAGCCCAUAUCACCACAAUCCCUUGUCUUGACUGGUUCCUGGGGUUCUUUGGAAGUCAGUUAUUUGGAUUCUGGAGGACCCAUCAGCCAGAGUCUCUCUUCAUUGUCCACAUUCUCUCAGAUUUCCUAUCUGUCAGCCUCUGAGCCAAAAUGAUUUAAUAAACUCUAAUGUGAUCAGCCCCCAUUUGGUCUUUGAGUUUUGGCAUAUCACUUUGACAGAAAGGGUGGGUCAAACUUUCUUAGUUUUCGCUUUAGACUGCUAAAUCUACUUUACUACAAUGUGAAAAUCUUGGGGUACAAGCAAUGUCCGGCAGGAAAAAAUAUAGGAAUGCUACUCAGUCUCAGAAUCCAGUACAGCACAGCUGAACUCAGGAAUCUAGCUUCGAAUUUUUUUCAGAAAUUGUUUUACACUCCAAAGUCUAAUUCCUUUAACCACCUAGACUUUAAGGGAAUUGAGGUACUUUUUAUUUGGGUUCAAGUUUCAACUGCUCAAUUCAAGUCUUAACUUCCUUAUUUAAAAAAAAAUCCACUUAUUUAUGUCUUUUGCUUUUAUACUUAUUUCCAGUUAUGCUCCUCCCUUCCUUCUCCCCUACUCACCUUAUCUUCCUUUCUAACAGAGAUUUUUUAAGUUCAGCAAAACUGGCCAAUGCAUUAGCCAUAUCUAACAGCGUUUGCAAUAUUCCACAUCUAUAGUCCCCUACCUUUUCAAGGAGGGAGAUGUAUUUUCUAAUUAAUGUUUUGUGGCCAAACUUGGUUAUUAUAAUUAUACAGUGUUUAGUUCUAUUCUAUUUUAAUAGCCAUCUGACACCUCAUUACCUCUCCAUAGGACUCCAUGCUAGGUCCUUCUUGGCCUCAGUCAUCCAUUUUUCACUCCCUACCCUUGUGGCCUGGAUCAAAUUCCAUUCAGUUCUGUUCCUUGAUGUCUAAUUCCUUCUCAUCCCUUUUGUCUUAGACAGGUCUACAUUUCUUACCCUGGAGCCCUCUCUGUGGUUUUUUUGCUCUGUUUCUCUUUAUUGGGGUGAUCUUUUACCCCAAAAUGUUUAUUUGUAAUUACAAAACAAUUGUAAUUACAUUAGGAUUAUUCUUUUCCCAGGCAAAUGAGAGAUUAUUUUAGACUACAUGGAAUAUUUAAGGAGGGUUUUUAAAAAUAUAUAUAUAUGUGUGUGUAUAUAUAUGUAUGUAUGUGUAUAUAUAUA